UUUUGGAGAGCAGGACCAACAGCUGUACAAAAACCCUCCGCCAUGACGCUGAACUUCUUCUCUUAACAGCACAGCCUGCACACAACCGAAUACAUUAAAGCCCAAAGUGAGACACAGCUGACAUCAGGAGUUGGUAUGCUAUUGGAAUGUUCUAGGGAUGCCCAAGGAGAAAUAUGACCUGUCUGACACCAGGCGGAUGUACACUAUAAUGUCUAUUGAGGAGGCAAACAGUGGGAAAAAAUCCAACUGGGAUGCACUUGAAAUAACUGGUAAUGUCCGCAGUCUUAGCUCAACUCUUUGGUCUCUUACCCACCUAACUGCUCUGCACAUCAGUGACAACUGUCUUUCACGCAUCCCACCUGACAUUGCCAAGCUGCACAACCUUGUGUUCUUGGAUCUAUCAUCCAAUAAAAUUAGGAGCCUGCCAGUAGAGCUUGGCAACAUGGUGUCUCUCAGGGACCUGCUUUUAAAUAACAACCAGUUGAGGGUUCUGCCUUUUGAAUUGGGGAAACUGUUUCAGUUACAAACACUGGGGUUAAAAGGCAAUCCACUUCCUCAAGAAAUUAUGUGCCUCUACCAGGAGCCAGAUGGCACUCGCCGACUGCUGAACUACCUUUUGGACAAUCUUGCUGGUGCUAUCAAGCGCAUCCCAACAGAGCAACCUCCAUCCAGGAACUGGAUUAUGCUGGAGAAGCCUGAUAGGACAAGACCAACAGCCCAUUUAACAGUGAUGUGCUACAAUGUGCUGUGUGAUAAGUAUGCCACACGGCAGCUCUACGGCUACUGCCCAUCCUGGGCCCUUAACUGGAGCUACAGGAAAAACGCUAUUAUGCAGGAGAUCCUCAGCUGCAAUGCAGACAUUGUCAGCUUACAGGAAGUGGAGACAGAACAGUAUUACAACUACUUCCUUGUGGAGCUGAAUAAACAGGGAUAUGAUGGAUUUUUCAGCCCAAAGUCCCGUGCCAGAACCAUGUCUGAAUCCGACAGGAAACAUGUAGAUGGAUGUGCAAUAUUCUACAAGACUGAAAAGUUUAGCAUGGUGCAGAAACACACAGUGGAGUUUAACCAGCUGGCUAUGGCCAAUUCAGAGGGCUCGGAGGCUAUGUUAAAUCGGGUCAUGACCAAGGACAACAUCGGGGUGGCUGUGUUGCUGGAGCUAAAGGAGGAGUUAAUGGAGGUGUCAUCAGGUAAGUCUCUUUAUGGUAUGGAGAAACAGCUCCUACUAGUGGCGAAUGCUCACAUGCACUGGGACCCAGAGUACUCUGAUGUGAAGUUGGUGCAGACUAUGAUGUUCCUGUCAGAAGUGAAGAAUAUCAUAGACAAGGCUUCUCGCAGUCUGAAGAUCUCUGCUGUGUCAGGAGAAACCAGUUCCAUUCCUCUGGUGCUGUGUGCCGAUCUCAACUCACUUCCUGACUCUGGUGUAGUGGAGUACCUGAGCACAGGUGGGGUGGACUGUACACAUAAAGACUUCAAGGAGCUGCGCUACAUUGACAGCCUGACUAACUUCAACUGCAAUGGCAAGAACAGCACAUCUAAUGGACGGAUCACGCAUGGUUUUAAGCUGAAGAGUGUCUAUGAGAAUGGGCUCAUGCCCUACACCAAUUACACUUUUGACUUCAAGGGUGUCAUUGACUACAUCUUCUGUUCUAAGCCACAACUGAACGUGCUGGGCGUGUUGGGUCCCUUGGAUACAGACUGGCUCCUGGAGAACCAUAUCAGUGGUUGCCCACACCCCCACAUCCCCUCCGAUCACUUCUCCCUGUUUGCACAGCUGGAGUUGGUCCUGCCUUAUCCUCCCUCUCUCAAUGGAGUUCACUUACCUGGACACAGGUAGUGAGUCCUCCAGCCACUGGUGGCACGGCUGAUUCCCAGCUCUCAAGUGUUUCUGGAAAAAUACUGAAAACGAUAUAACCUCUACGCAGUUUCUUUUUAUAUAUUUUGUUUAGUUUUGUUUUUCUCUUCUACCUUCAUUAAUUUUUAGGGUCCAAACAUAUUCCUAUUUGUCAGGGAGUUUUUUCUAUUUGUUAAGCUAUAAAUCUUUUUUUAUUAUUGUAAUAGUCUAGAAAGAUUUUUGGUGAAUCACUCCCUCCCAAAGGCUAAUAUGUUUUUUUGUUUUUUGUUUUUUUUAAUUGGUUGUGUGAAAAAUAUUGUACAGACUGUAACAUGAGGGAACACACUUGGUCACUCACUCAAAGGGUUUACAGAUGGCUUUAAUGUCAGACCAUAAAGGGAUAGUUCACCCAAAAAAAGUAAAACAUAAAUAAAACAUUUCUCAACCUCAUAUUGUUCCAAACCUGUAUGACUGACUUUCUUCCUUGGAACACAAAAGGAAAUAUUAGGAAGUAUUUUAGUCUCUGUUACCUUUACUUUCAUUGCAUCUUUUUUCCAUACAAUGAAAGUGAAUGGGGACUGAGGCUGUCAUUCUGCCUCACAGAAUGUCAAAGUGGUUUGGAAUGACAUGAGGGUGAGUAUAGUAAAUUUAAGAUUUAUUUCCAUUUAAAGGUGAACAAUCCCCUUUUAAUAUGAAAAACCAGCAUUUCUAAUCCUGAUUCUGCAAUUAAUCAAGGUUUCAUCUGAAGUCUUUUGUUUAUGCAUUCAACAUUAAGUGCAUCUUCAAUUCAAAAACAUUUUGUUUAUAUCAAGUUCAAUUUCCACUUUUCAAGUUCAGCUUUUGAAAAGGUGCUUUGCUGGAAGUUCUAUUACACUCCGUAUACACUUAUGUGACCCAGGUUUGAAUGAGGGACCAAUGUGUCAUGCAGACCAACUCCGCAGUAUAGGAGAGUGAUGAGCUUUUCCACUUGUGUGGUGCUCAAACUUGUUUUACAUCGGUGCUCUAUUUUCUGGUGUUUUAUUCUCCCAUCAGUGGUGCAAUAUUCAGAACAGUCUAGACAUGCUAAGCUUGCGCACAGUUAUGGAAUGCUUUUAUCAAGUUUAGAGUAAAAAGCACUUAUUCUCCUUUCUCUCUCCCUUCGUGUUCAGGUGGGGGUUGCUUAAUUGCGCUAAAUGUAAGCCAAGUUAUUUUAAUUGACUCAAUUCAGCGGCACUGCUUUUUGCACACUUGUUUUAAACCGUUCUAUGGAUGCAGGCUGUCUUUGUUUCUCUGUAUUUCAGGCUAUUGAUCUCACUGUGGUUAUAAAUGGGAGUUAUUUUUUGUUUUUUUUGAAAGGAAAGUUUUAUAUGAGAAGUCUAACCAGGGAGUCUUUUAACCAGCGAAUUCUCACUCUAAUGGACUGAAAAGGAUUUCCCAUUCCUUGUUCAUUCUCUCACCACACACACUCGAAAGAUCUGUAGCACUGUUCCAGAGGCUAGUCGUGUUGUGAGCUAGCCGUAAAUCCCCCUAUAUUGUAUCAGAGGGGUCCUCCCAGGUCUUUGUACAAACUUAAUCAAAUAUAUAAACAGAUUUAGGCUUGACUUGAUUGUAUAUGAGCCACAUGCAAGAACUUUUUAAAAUGUGUGUUUUGUACUAGGAAUAAAUUAUGAUCCAAAUUCAAAAUAAGAUUGUAUUGUAAGCUACAUUUGUAUCAAAAUUAAUCAAACUUACCAGCUUGUAUAAAAGACGAAGAGGUUGUUCUUGGUUCUCGCUGCAAUGCUUUUGCACUCUUCACUCCUUUUGUGACUUUCGGAGCACAUUCUUCAGUAUCUGUAUAGCUUUGAACUGCAGUUUUGCCCAUUCAAUCAUCUAUUUCAAGCUUAUAUUAGUGUGACGUUUAACUGCGGAAUACAAAAUGAGAAGUCAAAUCAUUAACGCUCCUGUAAUACUAUCCUAUUCUGAGUGUAACAUUGUGCAACUGUGUAUCUGUAAUUUGCACUCCCAUUCAGUAAGCAACUCUACAACCUCUUGUCCUUAAUGUUAUAUCGUGGUGGGGGUUUUAUGUACUUUCUUUUUGGAGGUCCGAGAGUUGCAAGACAUCAGGUAUAGGACAUCAUCUUUAAUUAGCUGCAUUUUAUGAACGAUUUGUAAAUGCAGUAACUUUUCUGUCAUUCACCAAUCAUUUUAACGUCCAUACUAUUUUGUAUAAUGCAUUGUGCUUUAAGACUCUUCCCUAUCUCUGUUCAGAAAUGGCCAUAAUCUUUCCUGUGUAGUGCCAGCUUAAUGCAUUCUUCUAUGAAGCCAAUUGUAAACAUUGGAUUUACCUUUUUUAUUUUUAAACCUUCCCUUCCCAUCUUUAUAACUUAUGAGUCUUUGGACCAAAAUAUCAUCUUUAAGACAUGUAAAUGCUUCCUGGCAAUUGUUUAUUUGUGGUGUUUUAGCACCUGCUGUAUUCUAACUUUUGGUUCAGCAUGACCAUCACACAUUCAACAUUUCAUGAAUCAGUCCCCCCACUAUGCCGCAGUAUCGAUUUUAAAUCUCUGUUUUAACUGUAGGAACCAGAACAGUUACUUGUUUUUUGGGACCUCUUCACUAUAUUCCUGAAGUUUUGUUUAGUCUUAAAUGAACAUGAAUUGUUAAUGCUAUUAUAGUAGAAAUGAGAUUCGUUUUUUGUAAAGUGUGAAUAAAAUGUGUAUUGCAUAUUUCCUUUCUACAAAACACGUGUGUGUGUGUGUGUGUGUGUGUGUGUGUGUGUGUGUGUGUGUGUGUGUGUGUGUGUGUGUGUGAUGAAUUCUCCUGCAUUAUUGCUAUUUUGUUUUCAUGGUUUGUGUUUUCACAAGCAAUUUUAUUUGUCCAAAAGCAAAUUUGAUCCUCAGAUGUCACGAUAGAUGGACACAAAGUAGCUUCCAUACCCACAAACAGACAUGUUGAAUCUUGCUUUGUUAGUGGCCUUGUGUUGUCGUGCACAGACAGGAUACUUUUUGUGCAGUUUAAUGUUGUGAUUGAAAGCAGGUUGACGCAUCUUGUUAGACAAUGGAGACGGUGUCAUUUAAAUUACCCGAAUGCUCAAGUAUUUUAAUUUAUAUCAGUGCAUUAUAUUGUUAAGUGGUUGUCCCUGAAGUUUGUUUCUGCCAUGUAGUCACCCUCAUUGCAUCCCAGAUGCGUAUGACUUUUUUUCUUCCGCUGAUCACAAACAACUCCACUGUAGGUCCAUACAAUGUAUGUGAAUUUUGAAAGCCCAAAAAGCACAUAUAGGCUGCCAAAAAUAACCCAUAAGACUCCAGUGGUUAAAACUAUAUCUUCAGAAGCUGUAUGUUAGUUGUGGGUGAGAUAAUGUCAAUAUUUAAGUAUUUUUUUUGCUAUUAAUUCUACUCCUAUUCUACUAUAUACACAAAUACUGUGAAUCGACAAAAACAAAAGAAAAAUGUGAAAGUGGAGAUUUAUAGUAAAAACAAAAAAAAAAGGACUUAAAUAUUGAUCAGUUUCUCACCCAUACUUGUAUAGCUUCUGUAGAUAUAUAUUUAACCACUGGAGUCUUAUGGAUUACUUUUAUGAUGCUGUAUAUGCUUUUCGGAGCUUCAAGGUUCUGCCUACAGUUCACUUGCAUUGUAUGGACCAGCAGAGCUGAGAUAGAAAGCCAUACACAUCUGGGAUCGCAAACGGGUGAGUAAAUGAUAAGAGAACUAUCACUAAAAAGUGACCUACAUAAUAGAAUUACCACUCUGUACUUGGGGAAUAAUUUCUGAAGCCUCAUUCUCCGUUAUAGACCUUAAAGAUUAUGUGUCAUCUUUUUUCCUGAUGUUAUCCCUGCACGAUAUGUAGAGAUAAUUAUAAGUAAAGCCAUUUGUAGGUUGAUUUUCCUAAAAAAUGAAACGUGGGCUUGGUGACAUUUUCAAAACAUUGCUCUGUAUGAAUGGCCUGAUAUGGCAACAUUGGCUCCAUCAGUAGUGUUAGUUUAGGGCAGGAUCGUUUGUUAUCAGGUAUGUAUUGUAUAUAUUUUAUUUCAAAUGUAGACAAAUCAAACACCUAUGCUUAAACUUGUGAGAAACUUCAAAUGUUUUUAUUUUUUUGGCUUUUGCUCGCUUCUCACUUACCUUUUAUUUUAUAACCAUUAACUUUUCCAGCCUUCAUUUUUUAUACUAAAAACCUGCUGCAAUAAAACCUAUAGAUUAGCUGGAGCUUUUGAUUUUUAUGUCCGAAUAAGUUCAUAGUGACUAAGACUGUACAUACUGUCAUAACUCAUGAGCCAUUAAGCAGUACAUGGGAUCAACUCUUGUUUACCAUUUGAAAUAAUGCCAGCUUAGAUACAAUCCCUACAUAAAUAAAAAAAAAACUGUCACAAUAUGUAAUGAAUGUUCAUUUCUCCAAUCUCUCCAAUAAAAUCCAAAGUAGGCAGCUCUUUUAAAAAAUGUCUCUGGAUAAAGAAUGGUAAAUAAGUAUGUUCUGUCUGUGUUCUGUAUUCUUAAUUCUAGAAAUCUGUACAUAUAGUUUCCUUUCACUAAUGUAUUUUCCUAUCUAUGGUUGAUAAUAAAUUCUUUCU